UUGCAGCUAUACCCCAUGUGAAAAGCAGGAAAUAAAAUGAAGAUUUUUCAGUCCAACAUGUGGUACUGGCUGCUUCCAACUUUUUUAACAAUUGCUUAUUUCUUCACCAUCGUCCAGGGUCAAGUGGCUCCACCCACAAGAUUAAGAUAUAAUGUAUUAUCUCAUGACAGUAUACAGAUUUCAUGGAAGGCUCCAAAAGGAAAAUUUGGUGGAUACAAACUUCUUGUGACUCCAGCUUCAGGUGGAAAAACCAGCCAAUUGAAUCUCCAGAACACUGCCACGAAAGCAAUUAUUCAAGGUCUUAUGCCGGAUCAGAAUUACACAGUUCAAAUUAUUGCAUACAACAAGGACAAAGAAAGCAAACCCGCUGAAGGCCAAUUCAGAAUUAAAGAUUUAGAAAAAAGAAAGGAGUUGAAGCCCAGAGUCAAGAUUGUGGACAAAGGAAAUGGGACUAAACCAUCCUCACCAGAAGAAGUGAAAUUUAUCUGCAAAACUCCAGCUAUCGCUGAUAUUGUAAUCCUGGUCGAUGGGUCAUGGAGUAUUGGAAGAUUCAACUUUAGAUUAGUUCGGCUUUUCUUGGAAAACCUGGUUACAGCAUUCAGUGUGGGCUCAGAGAAGACACGAAUUGGCCUUGCUCAGUAUAGUGGUGACCCCAGAAUAGAAUGGCACUUGAAUGCCUUCAGCACAAAGGAAGAGGUGAUUGAAGCUGUCCGAAACCUACCGUACAAGGGAGGAAACACGCUAACAGGUCUUGCCUUGAACUACAUUUUUGAAAAUAGCUUUAAACCAGAAGCAGGAGCAAGGUCUGGAGUAUCCAAAAUUGGCAUUUUAAUCACUGAUGGAAAAUCCCAAGAUGAUAUUAUUCCUCCAUCCAGAAACCUUCGUGAGUCUGGUGUAGAACUGUUUGCCAUAGGGGUGAAGAACGCAGACUUGAGUGAGCUGCAGGAGAUUGCCUCUGAGCCUGACAGCACUCAUGUGUACAACGUUGCUGAAUUUGACCUGAUGCACACUGUUGUGGAGAGCUUGACCAGGACUGUCUGCUCCAGAGUAGAAGAACAGGACAAGGAAAUGAAAGCCUCAGCCCUUGCCACCGUUGGGCCACCUAUGGAGCUGAUUACUUCUGAAGUCACUGCCAGAAGCUUUGUGGUUAACUGGACUCAUGCCCCAGGAAACGUGGAAAAAUACAGAGUAGUGUACUAUCCGACCAGGGGUGGAAAACCAGACGAGGUGGUGGUGGAUGGUAGUGUAUCUUCCACGGUGUUGAAAAACUUGAUGUCUUUGACUGAAUAUCAGAUAGCGGUCUUCGCAAUAUAUCCCCACACCGCUAGUGAAGGCCUCCGUGGAAGAGAAACUACACUUGCAUUACCCAUGGCUGCCGACCUUGAACUUUAUGAUGUGACAGAGAACAGUAUGCGGGUCAAGUGGAACGCAGUGGCUGGGGCAUCAGGGUACUUGAUCCUCUACGCGCCUCUCACCGAGGGUCUGGCUGGGGAUGAAAAGGAGAUGAGAAUUGGAGAAACCUACACAGAUAUUGAAUUGCGGGGGUUGCUGCCCAAUACGGAAUAUACAGUCACCAUUUAUGCCAUGUUUGGAGAAGAGGCCAGUGAUCCGGUUACAGGACAAGAAACAACAUUGCCUUUAAGUCCACCAAGAAACCUGAGAAUCUCCAAUGUUGGCUCUAACAGUGCUCGAUUAAGUUGGGACCCCACCUCAAGGAAGAUCAGUGGUUAUCGAAUUGUGUAUAACAAUGCUGAUGGGACUGAAAUCAAUGAAGUUGUCUUAAGAGAAGACCAAGACUCAUAUGUUAUUGAAGGCCUGGAGCCUGGCACUGAAUAUGAAGUUUCACUGUUGGCUGUACUUGAUGAUGGAAGUGAGAGUGAGGUGGUGACUGCCGUUGGGACUACACUUGACAGUGCUUGGACAGAACCAGCCACAACUAUACCACCUACCACACCUGUAACUGCAGUUUUCCGAACAGGAAUCAGAAACCUGGUUGUAGAUGAUGAAACCACUUCUAGCCUGCGGGUAAAAUGGGACAUUUCAGACAGCAGUGUGCAGCAGUUCAGGGUGACCUAUCUGACUGCUCAAGGGGACCCUGCAGAAGAAGUGGUAGCAACGGUGAUGGUGCCUGGAAGUCAGAACCAGCUCCUUCUGAAACCUCUGCUUCCCGACACUGAAUAUAAGGUCACCGUGACUCCCAUCUACACCGAUGGAGAAGGUGUCAGUGUCUCAGCCCCGGGAAAAACCUUACCACCAUCUGGUCCCCAAAACUUACGAGUCUCAGAGGAGUGGUAUAACCGAUUGCGUAUUACAUGGGAUCCCCCAUCUUCCCCUGUGAAAGGCUAUAGAAUUGUCUACAAACCUGUUAGUGUUCCUGGCCCAACACUGGAAACUUUUGUGGGAGCUGACAUUAACACCAUUCUUAUCACAAACCUCCUCAGCGGGAUGGAUUAUAACGUGAAAAUAUUUGCCUCCCAGGCCUCAGGCUUCAGCGAUGCUCUGACAGGCGUGGUGAAAACACUGUUCUUGGGUGUGCUCAACCUCCAAGCCAACCAGCUUGAAAUGACCAGCUUGUGUACUCAGUGGCAGUUGCACCGUCACGCCACAGCCUACAGGAUAGUUUUAGAAUCCCUCCAGGAUACAAAAAAGCAAGAAUCCACUGUGAGUGGAGGGACAACUAGGCAUUGCUUCUAUGGACUCGAGCCUGAUUCUGAAUAUAAAAUCAGUGUUUACACAAAGCUCCAGGAGCUUGAGGGACCUGGUGUGAGCAUAAUGGAAAAAACACAACCACUUCCUACUGAACCACCGACUUUCCCUCCGACCAUUCCACCAGCAAGAGAAGUAUGUAAAGCUGCCAAGGCAGACCUGGUGUUUAUGGUGGAUGGAUCCUGGAGUAUUGGAGAUGAUAAUUUCAAUAAGAUCACUAAUUUUCUGUACAGCACUGUUGGAGCCCUGGACAAGAUCGGUACAGAUGGAACUCAAGUGGCGAUGGUUCAGUUCACUGAUGACCCCAGGACAGAAUUUAAACUAAAUGCUUACAAAACCAAAGAGUCCCUUCUUGAGGCAAUUAAACAUGUGUCAUACAAAGGAGGAAAUACAAAAACAGGAAAGGCCAUUAAGUACGUUCGAGAUAGCUUAUUUACUGCAGAGUCAGGUACAAGGAGAGGCAUCCCGAAGGUGAUAGUGGUUAUAACUGAUGGGAGGUCACAAGACGAUGUGACCAGAAUUUCCAAGGAGAUGCAGUCAGAUGGCUACAACAUUUUUGCGAUUGGUGUGGCGGAUGCCGAUUACUCAGAGUUGGUUAGCAUUGGCAGUAAGCCCAGUGCCCGCCAUGUCUUCUUUGUGGAUGACUUUGACGCCUUUAAGAAAAUUGAAAAUGAGUUGAUUACUUUCGUCUGUGAAACCGCAUCAGCAACCUGCCCACUAGUGCACAAAGAUGGCAUUGAUAUUGCAGGAUUUAAGAUGAUGGAAAUGUUUGGUUUAGUUGAAAAGGAUUUUUCAUCCGUACAAGGGGUAUCUAUGGAGCCUGGUACCUUCAAUAUGUAUCCAUGUUACCAACUUCAUAAGGAUGCUCUGGUUUCUCAUCCAACCAAGUAUUUACAUCCAGAAGGAUUGCCCUCUGAUUAUACCCUCACUUUCCUAUUCCGAAUUCUUCCUGACACUCCAGAGGAACCAUUUGCUCUUUGGGAGAUCUUAAAUAAAAAUUCUGACCCAUUGGUUGGGGUGAUUUUAGAUAAUGGUGGGAAAACUCUAACAUAUUUCAACUAUGACUACAGUGGGGAUUUUCAAACAGUUACUUUUGAAGGACCUGAAAUUAGGAAAAUUUUCUAUGGAAGCUUUCACAAGCUACACAUUGUUGUCAGCAAGACUUUGGCCAAAGUGAUUAUUGACUGCAAGCAAGUGGAUGAGAAAGCAAUAAAUGCAUCGUCUAAUAUCACAUCAGAUGGUGUGGAAGUCCUGGGGAGAAUGGUUAGAUCACGAGACCCGAAAGGAAACUCUGUACCAUUCCAGUUACAGAUGUUUGAUAUUGUUUGUUCCACAUCGUGGGCCAGUAAAGACAAAUGCUGUGAACUUCCAGGCCUGAGGGAUGAAGAGACCUGCCCAGACCUUCCACGUUCCUGCUCCUGCUCUGAAAUCAGCAAAGGGGCUCUGGGACCAGCAGGCCCACCAGGUGGUCCAGGAGUCCGAGGACCAAAGGGUCAACAAGGUGAACAGGGUCCCAAGGGACCAGAGGGCCCUCGGGGUGAAACAGGCCCUUCAGGACCUCAGGGUCCUCCUGGACCCCAAGGACCAAGUGGUCUGUCCAUUCAAGGAAUGCCCGGGAUGCCAGGAGAAAAAGGAGAGAAAGGAGACACUGGUCCCUCUGGACCACAGGGUGUUCCAGGAGGCGUUGGUUCACCAGGCCGUGACGGCACCCCAGGCCAGAGGGGCUUUCCUGGAAAGGAUGGAUCCUCUGGUCCUCCAGGGCCACCAGGGCCAAAUGGUGUUCCGGGAGCUCCUGGAGCCCCAGGGAUCACAGGAAGCAUGGGACCUCAAGGCGCCCUGGGGCCACCUGGUGUCCCUGGAUUAAAGGGAGAACGAGGAGAACGAGGAGACCUGCAGUCUCAAGCCAUGGUGAGGGCAGUGGCACGCCAGGUCUGCGAACAGCUCAUCCAGAGUCACAUGGCUAGGUUCACGACCAUCCUCAACCAGAUUCCCAGCCAAUCUUCAUCAGUCCGGACUAUCCAAGGGCCUCCUGGGGAACCUGGGAGACCAGGCUCUCCCGGAGCCCCUGGAGAACAAGGACCGCCAGGUACACCAGGCUUCCCAGGAAAUGCAGGCGAGCCCGGGACCCCAGGAGAACGAGGUCUAACUGGUACCAAAGGAGAAAAAGGAAGCCCAGGCAUUGGAACCCAAGGUCCAAGAGGUCCCCCUGGGCCAACAGGACCUUCAGGGGAGAGUCGACCUGGCAGUCCGGGGCCACCUGGCUCUCCUGGACCAAGGGGUCCACCAGGCCACCUAGGGGUGCCUGGACCACAAGGUCCUUCCGGCCAACCUGGAUACUGCGACCCCUCUUCAUGUUCUUCCUAUGGCGUGGGAGCUUCCCAUCCUGAUCAGCCGGAAUUCACUCCUGUCCAAGAUGAGCUGGAAGCUUUGGAACUGUGGGGCCCCGGGAUCUGAUGGAUUCAGGAGAAGUUUGAAGAUCAACCACCAGAACCCUUAAGGAAGCGUAUUUGAGAAUGUUGCCAUGCGGUUUGUAUGCUACCUUUGUGGGAUCAUAUCAGCAGCCUAAAUCUCUUCCUUGGAAAAUGUUAAUAUUAUUUUUACUAAAAAAAAAAAAAAAAAAAAAUCCCCUUUAUAACACCACAGAAUUGAUUUCCCUUGGCUGUUUUAAUGGCACACCAGAUUAUCUGUGUUUUCAGAGAAGAGGAAUUGGAAAUAAAAAAUUGAAUCCUGGAAUCUUUUCUCUGUUCAAUGACCUCAGGACCCAAAAUGCAACAUGAUAGACAUGGUUAUAGUCAGGGGAGAGGGGUCCCAGCAGAAAAGGGAUUUAAAGGGAUUAAAAGAUUAUACCGUUCACUCCUAUACCCUAUGGAAAUGACCUUGCUGAUAAGGAAAGGGACAUUAUUGGAGAAACUACCUCUUGCUUAAUUGAUCUGUUCAACUCUGAGAUUGCUUGGUAACUGGAAUCACCAGCAUCCAAGAAGACAUGUUAGCAUAUAACCUUUCUGAAUUUGGGGAUUCUUUAAAUAGAUGGAGUUUUUUGGUGCUUUUUGACUCUUGUAAAACAGUGAUUUUCCAUCAGCUGCUAUUGGAAAGAGACACAAUUUUGAUGAACACUUUAUCCUGCAAUUUGUUCCAGGGCUUGCCUCUUGUUAUCUACAUGGAUUACUUUGUACAUGCAGAUAAGUUAUUGCAAACCUAUUUCCACUCUGUUUUUUAUGCAAAUAAAAAUUUAAAACAA